AUGAUGCACGGGAAUGGACACGGGCACGGGCACGGGCACGGCCGUGUCCACCCGGCGUCCUCCAGCUCCGACUUCUCCGGCGAGAUGAACCAGUCCGUGUCCGACCCCUCCUCCAGCCCGCUCUACAGCUUCCACUUCGAGAAACCCGUCCCGCAGCAUCCUCCCCCGCCGUCGCAGCCCGGCACGUACGUGGUGCAGGUGCCCAAGGACAAGGUCUUCCGCGUCCCGCCGCCCGAGAACGCGCGCCUCUUCGACCACUACACCCGCCGCGCCAAGCGCCGCCGCGGCCGCUCCUGCGUCCGCGUCUGCGCGUGCCUGCUCGCGGGGGCCGUCUCGCUCGCCGUCCUCGCCGCGGCCCUCGCCGGCGUCGCGUACCUCGUCCUCUGGCCGAAGCGGCCGGCGUACACGGUCCAGGCGCUCGCCGUGUCCGGCCUCGCCGGGCUCGGCAACGCCUCCUCCUCGUCCCCGGGCGUGUUCUCGCCGGGGUUCGACGCGACCGUGCGCGCCGACAACCCCAACGGCAGGAUCGGCGUGCGCUACGAGGGAGGCCGCGUCUCCGUGUCGUACGACGGCGUGCUCCUGGCCGACGGCGCGUGGCCGGCGUUCUACCAGGGCCCCGGAACGUGA